GCGGGGCAACUACGUGACGUCAGGCGCCAGCGCGAGCGGGUCUUGAUGACAGCUGCGAUGCAAUGAAUCGGGACGUUGUGGCCAUGUCCACGGUUCAGUCUGAUUUUGGCCACCGUAACUGAUUGCCCUCGGUAGUUCAGAGCGAAAGGAGUUAUGGCGCAUCGUUAUUUCCUGGUAGCCCGUUGCUGUCGGAGAUUGUGCAUGAGCCUGGGCCCUCAGCACUUCAGGCCAGCCUGGAGACCGUCUUCUGGUUGUACAUUUAACUGUGUGGAUGGGAACAGUCUGCUGACAAACGUGCUUGGUGUCUACAGACGCCUCUGCUCACGGCCUCCUAAAGGGUUUGAAAAAUAUUUUCCAAGCAAAUCCAAAAAAGCAAAUGAAUCCAAAGGAUCCUCUGAAGCAAAAGAGUCAAAAUCUGCAAAUUCUCAGCGUCUUGGGAAUAACGGGUCAGGUGGUGGAACUGGUGGAAGGAAAGGAGGCCGAAAAGAUGAAUCCACUUGGUGGGCCAGGUUACAGAAGGGUGAUAUUCCCUGGGACGAUAAGGAAUUUCGAUUUUACUUCAUAGGAGGAGCAGCAUUUUGGGCAACUGUUGCUUAUUAUGUUUUCUUCAGAAACGUUGGUAGAGAAGUUACAUGGAAGGACUUUGUCAAUAAUUACCUUUCAAAAGGAAUAGUGGAGAGGUUGGAAGUUGUAAACAAACGCUAUGUUAGAGUAGUUUUUGCUCCAGAUAAAGCAGCCAUGGAUGCCCACUAUGUAUGGUUUAACAUCGGGAGUGUAGAUACCUUUGAAAGGAAUCUGGAAUCUGCACAGCAGGAACAGGGUAUAGAAGGUGAAAGUAGGAUACCCGUUGUAUAUUCCACAGAGAGUGAUGGCUCGUUUCUGUUGAGCAUGCUUCCAACUAUUCUGAUCAUUGGGUUUCUGCUGUUCGCCUUGAGACGAGGAUCAGCUGGUGUUGGUCGAUCUGGGCGCGGCAUGGGUGGAUUGUUCAGUGUAGGAGAAACAACAGCAAAGGUCCUCAAGGAUGAAAUUGAUGUAAAGUUCAAGGACGUGGCAGGAUGUGAGGAAGCAAAGUUAGAAAUAAUGGAAUUUGUUAACUUUUUGAAGAAUCCAAAUCAAUACCAAGAACUUGGAGCAAAAAUUCCAAAGGGUGCCAUUCUAACGGGGCCCCCGGGUACUGGCAAAACUCUGUUAGCCAAAGCUACUGCAGGCGAAGCCAAUGUUCCAUUUAUCACUGUGAAUGGUUCUGAAUUUCUGGAAAUGUUUGUUGGUGUGGGUCCUGCUAGAGUUAGAGAUCUAUUUGUGAUGGCUCGUAAAAAUGCUCCUUGUAUCCUAUUCAUUGAUGAGAUUGAUGCAGUUGGAAGGAAAAGAGGUCGAGGUAAUUUUGGAGGACAGAGUGAACAGGAGAACACAUUAAACCAGCUCUUGGUAGAAAUGGAUGGAUUCAACACUGCAACCAAUGUGGUGGUUUUGGCAGGCACAAACCGCCCAGAUAUCCUGGAUCCUGCACUGAUGAGACCAGGUCGAUUUGACAGGCAAAUAUUCAUUGGUCCGCCUGAUAUAAAAGGAAGAGCUUCGAUAUUUAAAGUUCAUCUCAGUCCCUUAAAAUUAGAAUCAUCUAUCGAUGCAGAAAAUUUGGCAAGGAAGCUAGCAGCUUUGACUCCAGGCUUUACAGGAGCAGAUAUUGCUAAUGUAUGCAAUGAAGCCGCUUUAAUUGCUGCCAGACAUCUAUCUGAGGCCAUUGUACAGAAGCAUUUUGAACAGGCCAUUGAGCGGGUAAUAGGAGGACUGGAAAAGAAAACUCAGAUUCUGCAGCCAGAAGAGAAGAAAACAGUGGCAUAUCAUGAGGCAGGUCAUGCUGUGGCUGGUUGGUUCCUGGAGCAUGCUGACCCUUUGUUGAAGGUAUCUAUCAUCCCUCGUGGGAAGGGACUUGGUUAUGCUCAAUAUUUACCCAAGGAGCAAUACCUGUACAGCAAGGAGCAGCUUCAUGAUCGUAUGUGUAUGACACUGGGAGGACGAGUUUCAGAACAAAUCUUUUUUGGCCGGAUUACUACAGGUGCACAAGAUGAUUUAAAGAAGGUUACCCAAAGUGCUUAUGCCCAGAUUGUUCAGUUUGGUAUGAAUGAAAAGGUGGGGCAAGUGUCCUUUGACUUCCCACGACAAGGUGAGAUGACUUUAGAAAAACCAUACAGUGAGGAGACUGCCCAACUAAUAGAUGAAGAAGUGCGAUCACUCAUCAAUUCUGCAUACGAGAAGACUCUGAAACUUCUGACAGAAAAGAAAGAAGAAGUUGAGAAGAUUGCCCAGCGACUGUUGGAAAAGGAGGUACUUGACAAGGCAGACAUGGUUGAGCUCUUGGGGCCUAGACCCUUUGCUGAAAAAUCAACAUAUGAGGAGUUUGUAGAAGGGACAGGUAGCCUUGAUGAAGACACUACUCUACCUGAGGGCCUCAAGGAUUGGAACAAGGAAGUUGAAAAUGGGAAAAAGAAACAGCAGAAAUUGCAGAAUGUGUCAUUGGAAGAGUGCCAAACUAUGUGAGAAUAAUUAUCCAGCUAUGUGUAUUUGAAAUUGAAAUUCCACGAUUGAAAAUUAUGCUUCCUUGUCUAUGUUUAGACCUGUGGAUAAAUCAUUUUAACAUCCUUAUCUGGUUCACCAGCUGAGCUGUGCACAUUUAUUGCACCUUACAAGUAAUUUCUGUUAAUCUGGCCAGUGUCAAAAUGAAUAUGAAGCAAAAAUAGCAAUUUGUUCCAAGGCCUUGUGUAUAUUUCGACAGAGUGCUGAUUGUCCUGAGCAUUGGGAAAAUUCCCAUCUCUGCCUCUACAGACUAUAACAGAAUAAACUUUUAUUUAUGACACAGUUUUAUCAUGCAUUUGAAGACGAAAAGUGACAUCUGCUGAGUGACCUGGAGCAGGAUGGUUAAGACGCACAAGUGUUACAACUUGAUUCUGCUUACAGUUGAAGUCUCUAAAGAUACUGAAGGCAUGAUUGUAAUUAAAGUAUGUAAAUAAUG